AUGGGAUUCAACCAAAAUAAGUGUUGAAAUAGUGGCAGUACACUUAAAUACACUGUGCUACAAACAAACAGUGAACACUAAAUGUACAGCACUUCUUUCAGCUACUCUGUCUCAUCAUAUACUGGAGGUCUGUCUGUGUGAGUGCUUUCUAACUUGCUCUUUCUGUUUCUUCAUGCUUCCCUGGAUUCAGAGAGAGAGACUUUGCUUAUGUGGCAAGAGACAAAGACACAAGAAUUCUGAAAUGUCAUGUGUUUCGAUGUGACACACCCGCAAAAGCCAUCGCCACAAGUUUACACGAAAUCUGCUCAAAGAUUAUGGCCGAACGGAAGAAUGCUAAAGCUAUGGCUUGCAGCUCAUUGCAAGAGAGGACAAAUGUCAGCCUUGAUGUUCCUCUGCAAGUAGAUUUCCCAACACCAAAGACAGAACUGGUACAGAAGUUCCACGUCCAGUACCUGGGCAUGCUACCUGUAGCUAAACCUGUGGGAAUGGAUACUCUGAACAGUGCCAUUGAAAGUCUAAUGGCUUCCUCUAGCAAAGAAGACUGGAUGCCAGUUACCAUGAACGUUGCUGAUGCUACUGUCACAGUCAUCAGUGAAAGAAACGAAGAGGAAAUCAUGGUGGAGUGUCGUGUGCGGUUCCUGUCCUUCAUGGGAGUAGGCAAGGACGUUCACACAUUCGCCUUCAUUAUGGAUACAGGAAACCAGCAUUUUGAGUGCCACGUUUUUUGGUGUGAACCAAACGCAGGCAAUGUAUCAGAAGCUGUUCAGGCUGCUUGUAUGUUACGGUAUCAGAAGUGCUUAGUAGCCAGACCUCCUUCACAGAAAGUUCGACCGCCCCCACCUCCUGCAGACUCGGUGACUAGAAGAGUUACAACUAACGUAAAAAGAGGAGUGUUGUCCCUCAUUGACACUUUGAAACAGAAACGCCCGGUCACCGAGAUGCCAUAGCUGCAUAAGAGAGAAGAUUCUCCUAACAUUUAACUGAAGAUAACAGUAGCUACACUAAGGAAAAUGAACUGACGAUGUCUGGCCUUCCGUUUCAAAUUGCUGAUGCUUUGUCUUCAGAGAAUUUACCCUUAUCGAAACAAUGUUAGACAAGCAUGUUCUCUCGUUCUUGCCACCAUCGUGUGAUAUGAAAAGAAGCAUGAAUAAUUUUUUUGCUGUCAGUGAGUUACAUCAUGAGCGAUGGAAGGUCUGUUUGGUUGUAAAUACAUGAACAUUACCUAAACUCACACAAAAAAAGAAUAUGGCCACGUCCCUCCCAGUGAACUCACGCUAAAGUCCUUGGAGUGAAUGAUGCCUGAGUUGAUAGUUUCACCGUCUUGAGCUGGAUUUGCCACAAACCAAUCUUAAAUCCUACAGCACUCUGCUCUGUUUUCAACACUGGAGUAGGUACCAAGUAUUAGCUACCAUUGAAUUACUGUAGAUGAAAUACCAAGUUUUAUUUUUUACAGAACUACACCUCUUAGUUUUAAAUUGUCAGCAUUGGUCUAGCAACCACUUUGACAUCUCCCUGACAUGCUUUUGAAUCAUGGUGUCAUUUUAUCUUCUGGUUAUACAUCACGGUCUUAGAGAAGUUUAGUACCAAGCCAAUGCUGAAAAAUCCAGAAGUGUUUUCAGUAAUUGAGUUGCUGGGUGAUCCACUGAAGCUUUUCAGCUUUAAACAUACAAACACAACUGUUGGCUGUUAAAUUUAUUCUCCUAAAUCUGUCAUUAAUUCAUCAAAAAUACCGUUUGUAUUUCACGCAGGGCUCAAACCAAUCAGGAGUACAAAGAACUAGUCAGUAAUUUUAUUGUCUUACAACUCUUAUAGAGACUAAAAUAUUCCAUACCUUUUCCAUACAAGUGUUUGAUGAAAUGUUCAAUUCAGCGUCUGGUUGCACAAUUCCCUCCCCCCCCUCCCCGAGUUUGUUGCUGAAUACUUAAUGUGCCACAAAAAGAACAAUCAUGUUUCUUGUUAUUUACAAAAUUCCAUGAAAUUUCUUUUAAUGCUCUUGUGACAAAAUAAGGAGAGAGUUGUUUUCGAACAGGAUAGUGCUUUGGGUGGUACAACUUGAUUUCAAUAUUUUUGCUCCAAAGGCUUCAUCUAACUGCUUUCACUGACACACUACUGCAAACCCUGACAAAGUCAGCCCAGUAUUGCCCCUUAAAAUUGUACCUCGGGCCAAUUUUCAAAUGCAGUUAUGCAUCUUGAGUCUCUCCCUUUGCCAUCUUCUGUCUAGACCUGCAGAUUGGUACCAAUUUUGGAAAUGGAACAUUACAGAUAUUUUGAACUAGCGUUAAAAAUGUUUUGCCUCCAUUUAUAGAUAUGUUCCAAAUUGUAACAGUCUCCCAAGUCUGCAAAUCUGGUCAUACUGUAAUUUUAAAAGAACAUUGGCAAGCUUGUUAUUACAAGAACUCUUUUUUUAAUUUUACUAUGCAAGAGACUGUUACAAACAAACUAUUUUCUUUUUAUUUCCUUGUUUAAAGAAAUUAAUGGCAACGCCUGGGCAAAACAACUUAGGAACACAAGGGGAAAAGAAUGAUGAUUCAAGAAAUUUCUGCACUGAAAAAAUGCAGAAAAACCAUUAAACUAAACUCGGCGUGAUGUAUGAGCAAGUGUCAGGUGAAGGCUAGCUAUGCGACUAUCGUCAUUAAGUGUAGCUCUCUAGAAUACCAGCUGAAGAGCUGAUCCGCCACCGAUCUCAAAUCUCUUUCUGACCGUGAUUCUGCACCUCAGACACCGAAGCAAUUGUUCCCCCUCCCAAGGCUCACAUUCCCGCUAUCUCCUUUGCACCAGCUCUGUUGCCGGUACAGCCGGAGGAGAAGUUGCUUGGGCCAAGUAGGCAGGGAGAACGGGAGGUGAGGGGACACAAACAACCCCACCCCUUUUAGCAGUACCAAUGGUUUAACUGACCAUGGAGCCAGAGCGCGAAGCAUGGAGAUGGCAGCUUGCAUACGUGCUUGUUUAGUUUCUAGCAUUGAUCCCAGUGACGUCUGCUAGGAGCAGUGUGGAAACUCACUGCCUGUCAUGACUGCUAUCAAAAUGUGGUGGCCAACAAUGUACCUUUAGGUAGGAUCGUGAAGUUAAGAGAGAAAAGUUUCCUUAUUCGUCAUCGUGCUAGCGAUUCAAACUUUGACUUUAUUUUAUUUUAAAUUACAGAAAAUACUUUGACAGUGAGUGUCUUUUUAAAGUUCCAGCUGGAAACGCCAGGAUUUGGGAUUUGCAACUGUUCUACAACAGUGAAUUUUAAACAGUCUAAUUAAAUUUUGUAGUUGCAUCUGCACAGUGCCGAUUCUCCCCAGGAGAGACCCGGACUCUCUUUAAACUAAACCGACACUUGGCAAACAGCAAUGUAAAGAUUCUCCUACAUCGGUGUUGUCAAGGCUAUGAACAUCUAGUUAGCUUUCACGAGCAAAGCGUGCAAUUGCAGGAAGGGCUGAGGAGAAGCCAGAGGAAUUUGAAAAGCCGUAGGUCACUUGCCAAUAUAUGUUUUAAGAGUUUUGCGUCUGUUAACAAAAUAUUGUUGAUUUUGCAAAUAUUUAAGUAGCGUGCUUAAUGGCCUGACUAUAUGUGGCCUUUUUGCUUCAGCAGAGCUCCUUAUUCUCCGAAAGAUUAAAUACACACCCAGGUGUUUGCAGAAUCAGAGCCUAGUAUUGCAAAGCCAGUUGUCUUUUGUUAAACAAUAUAUUAAGACACUCUUUUUACCAUGGCCAAAAACGUGUGUACGGGCUAUGUGUGUUUGAGCAACUGCCACUGUUUUAGUUGAUGUUAUAGCGACCCUUCAGUUAUCUAUGCAUUUUUUUUAAUAAUACUUAGUGACUGUAGGCAGGCAGCCAUGUUCACUAUGCUUUGUAUGUCUGACGCCAUAUUUUAAAUUAACCUGUUAAAUACAGCUUAAAAUAUUUUUAUUUUAUUUAUUCUAUUUUUACUGAAAUAUCCUGCAUUAUUAUGUUGAUGUAUUGUCUUUACUGGACGUGCACUUGUAACAUUCUCCACUCUGUAUACUAUAGGUUGCCUAAAAAAAGGCAGGCUUUGUAA